AAUGGGGAAGAAAGUUUCAAUUCCUUAGAUUGGAGAGAGUCAAAAGCCAGAAGCUCUUGAACAUUCCGUGUCCACAUAUGGGUUUAAGUUUGCCGUGUCCAGCUUUUUCUUAUAUUUCUUGCGGGUUAUUCUUUUCUCUCUCAAUAAUGCCCUCUAAUUAGCAGCCGAAAAAGAAAAAGGUUCAGUUUUUGAAAGCUUUAAUCAAGUUAAAAUUAUCCACAAACAAUGAAAAACCUUUUUUCAUGGACCCGUUGCUUCUCCUCUCCAAAGCCAAAUGACAUUGAGAAUAACGAUGAAGAAAACCAAGAAAACUUCCGAGUGUUCACUUAUAAUGAGCUCAAAGCAGUCACCCAUGGCUUCCAUUCGUCGAACAAAGUCGGAGAAGGCGGCUUCGGAACUGUCUAUCAGGGGCGGCUUAAGGAUGGCUCUAUUGUGGGGGUCAAAGUGCUUUCCAUAGAACUUGAGUCCAUGCGAGGCGAAAGGGAGUUUAUCGCUGAAUUAGCCGCGCUUUCGGAUAUUAGACAUGAAAAUCUUGUCAAGCUUAGAGGUUGUUGUGUUGAUGGAGCUACAAGAUACUUGGUCUAUGAUUAUAUGGAAAACAAUAGCCUCUCUCACACGUUACUUCGUGGAGAACAAAACAGGAUUAAGUUUAGUUGGGAAGCUAGAAGGGAGAUUUCAUUGGGAAUAGCUAGUGGACUUGCUUAUCUUCAUGAGGAAGUUCAACCCCAUAUAGUGCACAGAGACAUCAAGGCAAGCAAUAUACUUCUUGACAGAAAUUUCACACCAAAAGUUGGGGAUUUCGGAUUGUCGAAGAUAUUGCUGGAGCAUCAUUCGCACAUAAGUACUCGUGUUGCCGGGACAAUAGGCUAUCUUGCUCCGGAGUAUGCAAUCACCGGGCGUUUGACACGAAAAUCAGACGUAUACAGCUUCGGAGUGUUGCUUUUGGAGAUUGUAAGUGGCAGGGAGGUUGUGUUCUUUGACAUGGAACAUGGAGAGCAUUCCUUGGUUCAGAAGGCGUGGGAAGCGUAUAAAUCCAAUAAACUCAUUGAAUUAGUGGAUUCUGUGUUGGAAACGAAUUAUCCUGAGGAUGAAGCUGUGAGGUUCAUCAAAGUUGGACUCCUUUGCGUUCAAGAAACCGCGAGGCUGCGGCCGGGGAUGUCCACGGCUAUUAAGAUGUUGGCUAAUGAGAUUGACAUUGGAGAUAUUGAGAUUUGCCAACCAGGGGUUGUGACUGAUUUCAUGUCUAUAAAAAUGGACCAACAAAACUCAUCUCAGAGCGUUUUCUCUAGGGGUUCCACAACCGCAGGCUCGCAAAGCCCCUACACCUCUUAUUUCUGAUCCCCAUUACUAUUUCUUUUUUUUACCCUUCAUGAUUUUUUCCUUUUUGUACAAUGAGUAUGUCGAUUCUCUUAGUCCCGACUCGUGCCUGAUCUUGAUCUGAAUUUGUUAGAAAUAUGAGUUCAAUCUAGUGGGCAAAUAGAGUUUUUCUUGUACAAUAGGUUUUGUUAGUCUCUUGCCAAUUUGUGUCAAAAAUCCACACAUGUACUGUGUACACAUUGGAUGUGGCUCCAUUUUUCUUUUUCUUUUUCUUUUCUUCUUUUGGAGGGAGGAUACAUAUUCUUGGAUGUGUUUUGGACAAAAAAUAUAUACAUUUCAAAUUUUUUUCUUCUG